UGAGGGGCUAAGGGAGCAGGGCGCUGCCUAAGGGGAACGAAGGAGGCCUUAGUCGCCGGCGAGCUGGGGUUGGGGUUGGGGUUGGGUAGCGGGGCGGCGCCGUGCCGGGGGCUGGCUGUGAGGAGGAGCCGAGCCGAACCGGGGUUUCCCGGCCGGGCAGCACGGGCGGGGCGGCUGGGGGGGGGAGGUUAACCGCGCCCAGGCUGCUUGCUUCCCGAUGGCUGCGGGGAGCUAAGCGGGGACCGAGCGUGCGAGGAGGAGCCGAGAGCCAGCGACACCCCUUUGCCCCCCCCCUCCUCCGCUGCUCUCCGCUUCCGACUCUACGGCCCGAGCUGCUCGCUGCCUCGGCGGGAUCGGCCAGACCCAGCGCGGACGGCUGCCUUCUUCCUCGCCAUCCUCCUCCUCCUCCUCCCUUCCCCUCCCCAGGCCGGCGGGGACGCGGGCAGGAGCCGCGGGCGGCCGAAGCGGCCCCGUUAAUGAGCAGCUGGAACCCUGAGUGUACUAGGUGGAGGGGGAAAUGUUUGCCCUUCCACGUGUAUUCCUGGGCGCCCAGGGCUAGUUCUUCCUGAACCCAGCUAGAGGGAAAUGACACGACAGCAUCCAUGCCUGCUGUCUGGGAGCAGCUGAGACCUCGUGUGGCUACAUACGUCUUACAGCAUCCUCAGUAACACUGAGCGUAAUUGGAUGUCUACAAGACAACUUAUUUCCGGUUGUCUCAGAGGUGGCAGCGAAGCACACCUUUAGCACAGGAAAAUGAGUGAGCUUGACCAGUUACGCCAGGAGGCUGAGCAACUGAAAAACCAAAUCAGAGAUGCUAGAAAAGCAUGUGCAGAUGCCACCUUGGCUCAGAUCACAGCCAAUAUUGACCCAGUGGGGAGAAUUCAAAUGCGCACUAGAAGAACACUCCGGGGACACCUGGCUAAAAUUUAUGCAAUGCACUGGGGGACUGAUUCCAGGCUUCUAGUUAGUGCCUCCCAGGAUGGCAAACUUAUAAUUUGGGACAGCUAUACUACAAACAAGGUGCAUGCUAUUCCCCUGCGUUCAUCUUGGGUCAUGACUUGUGCAUAUGCUCCUUCUGGAAAUUAUGUGGCUUGUGGUGGUCUUGAUAAUAUCUGUUCCAUCUAUAACUUGAAAACUCGUGAAGGGAAUGUACGUGUCAGCCGUGAACUAGCUGGUCACACAGGAUACUUGUCAUGCUGUCGUUUCUUGGAUGAUAAUCAAAUAGUUACCAGCUCUGGCGACACCACUUGUGCUCUCUGGGACAUAGAAACUGGUCAGCAGACAACUACAUUUACUGGGCAUACUGGAGAUGUCAUGAGUUUGUCUCUUGCUCCUGAUGCCCGGUGUUUUGUUUCUGGUGCCUGUGAUGCCUCUGCCAAACUGUGGGAUGUUAGAGAAGGAAUGUGUCGGCAAACCUUCACUGGCCAUGAGUCGGAUAUCAACGCCAUCUGUUUCUUCCCCAAUGGCAAUGCAUUUGCCACAGGCUCGGAUGAUGCUACAUGCAGGCUUUUUGAUCUUCGGGCUGAUCAGGAACUGAUGGUUUAUUCACACGAUAACAUCAUCUGUGGCAUCACCUCUGUAGCAUUUUCCAAGAGUGGACGUCUCCUCCUAGCUGGUUAUGAUGACUUUAACUGCAACGUGUGGGAUACACUGAAAGCUGAUAGAGCAGGUGUCCUUGCUGGUCAUGAUAACCGUGUCAGUUGCUUAGGUGUGACUGAUGAUGGUAUGGCAGUGGCAACAGGAUCAUGGGACAGCUUCCUCAAGAUCUGGAACUGAAAAGAGCGGCGGACUCCGUGACUGGAAGAAGUUUCCAACGAUUGAAAAUUUAAAAUGAUAGCAUAUCCAAUCCAACCAUACUAACUUGGACCCCCAUCCUCCCCAACUUCAAAGGGCAAGAUCUUUUCCGUCUCCUGUUGCUGAAAUGAAGAGCACAAUUACCUUUCCAAGAAGAAUUUCUGUGUUGUAAGCAAAAUGAAAUUGUGCAUUCCUUUUGGGACCAUUUUUUUUUUGUCUUGAGAAUUUAAAAAUCAAACACUAUCAUAAAAGCAUGACCAGAAAAUAUACUUGAGCAUAAUUGUGAAACAGUUAGCUUUCACCGUAGUUUCCAAGUCAAAGUUAAGGACUUUUAUCUCACUCACUCGCAAAUUUUAAAGUCAUGUUUGUAGCAGGAUUUUUUUUCAAGUUUCCUUUUUAAAUACAUUUGUUUAUGUAUUUAAUUGAGCAAAACAAGGGAGUCCUAGCCCAGAGCAUCUGGGGGUUAUUAACGCUGUAAAUUUAGUCCCUAAUUUUUUUUAUUUUAUUUUCUAGUAUCACAAAUAAUUGUUGCACAAAACUUGGCAUAUAUAGGGUAAUGUUAAGCAGUAAGGUAACCAAGCACAUGCUGUACAAGGUAAUGAAUGCUUGUUUAAAGAAUCCUUUCACCUUUUAUGGAUAACAAAUGCAAUCCUUGGUCCCUCCUACCCCCUCUUCUCACCACACUGAUUUUUUUAAUCUGUUUUGGUUUUGUCCACUUGAAAGGGCAAUUUAUAUAUCCUAACACUAUCCUGUAGUCUCAACAACCAGGAAUCUCUGUUUUCAAAAGAGACCUAUCCUACACUUGGGUAUUGAGUCAAUUCUUUGUGUAUGAAAUGAUGUACAAAUCAAUGUUUUGAAAAUAAUGAUCUUGAACUUUCUAAGUUAAACAAAAAAACCUUUUUUGAUUGUUUGCCAUAUUGGGUGGGUUUACUCUUAGAAUCGCAUGCUGUAGAAAUGCUAAAAAGUGCAUAUUGGACUAAGUCCUCUAGAUGUUUUUUCUUUGAAGAAAUAACCUGUUUAAAAACUGUAACCAUUGUCGCUGUAUUCAUUUAUUGUUGCUACUCUGUGCAUAAAUCUAUGAAGAACUCAAGUACAAAGCUAUGCACGUUUUGGAGUAGCGUGAUAAGUCACUUUUUUUUUUAAAGAAACGGCCUGUUCAAACAAUCGCUGUCAAAGAUUCUGGGGUGUGGGAGGAGGGAACCUAAACCAUCUUCUUUAUAAAUCAGUUCCUCACAGCCAGUUCCUCUUGUAGGAUGAGUCCUUUGCAUCUGAUUAGAGUCAUUUUUGUAAUGAGCAGGUUUUCCUGGCUUUCUUUUCAAAUAAAAUGUUAAAAGCAGCAGUGUUUGGACAGCGGAUUGUUCUGUUAAACUUUCCUAUCUUCUCACUGUAUCCAGAAAUGCUCCUUCCUAGCAGCAGUAGUAGCUUUUCUCCAUUUUGUUUUCUCUGCAACAUUCUGUACAAAAAUGUGCUGUAAUUGUGCGUUAGGCCUGGAUUUGGCAUAAAAGAUGAAUUCCUUCUUUCUCUCUUUCAUGAAACUACUCUGUAGAGCUUUCUCCACACCCUGUAUCCCUCUUCACCUUUUGUAUUUAAUUUUAAAGUCAGUGUACUUCAAGAAAGCUGGAUGCAAGAUAGAUACUAUAUUAAAAUGUAAUGUUAUUUAAGAUGUAAUAAAGCAGUUUGACAUGA